AACGACUAUAUUAAACACCGAGAACUAUCAACAGUACGCAGUGUCAAUCGCGCCACUGUCAAGAGACGGCCCGUAGUGCAGGUUAAUUUAAAAAUUUCGAAAUUUUAUCGUUUAACCUCGAUCGCGAAAUGAAGGAGCUGAAUGGGACAGUGUUAUGUGAGAAACAACUUGGCAGGCGUCGAGUCGUCCCCGUGAUCUACCUUCAAGGUUCUCACUAUGAUGUUGGCUUUGACGUCGGUCGUAAUUUUGCGGCGAUCAUCAAGAGUUUCAUAUCAUCAUAUGGAAAUCUGAGAGAUUUUGAAAAAGAAUACAAGACGGAUACGGGAAGGGAUGCAUACGAUAAGACACUCGCGAAUAUGAAGAAACGGUUUCCGUAUUACGUAAAGGAAAUGCAAGGAGUCGCAGACGGCGCUAAUGUGCCAUUUCAUCAGCUUUUCCUUUUGCAAAUGGAUGACAUAAUCGGAACGAUCAACGACAACCACCUACCUCGUAACGACACAGGGGGCUGCAGCUCUUUGGCCAUUAAAACUCCUAAUAGCGCAGUACUAGGACACACUGAAGAUGCUUUUAGUGAAACUUUAAACCACUUCUAUAUAAUGUCCGCACACAUCAUUCCCACACAAGAAGACAGAGAACUUGGAGCCAUCGAAGAGAGGUUCAGCUCACUUUGCUAUGCGGGACAUUUGCCUGGUUACACGAUGGGUUACAAUGAAAAUGGUUUAGUGUUUUCUAUAAACACACUGAGUCCUUUAGUUCUUAAGCCUGGAAACACUCCGCGUACUUUCAUCACACGAGCUCUUUUAGCGUCAAAGAGCUACGCCGAUGCGGAAAGAAUUCUACGUGAUGAAGGAUUGGGGAUCGGGAAUGGUUUCUCUAUGAACAUGAUCUGGACAAACAAGGCUGGUGAAAAACAAAUCUACAACGCUGAAGUUGCCCCCGAUCUUAAGGGUGAUAGAUCAAUUUUAAACAUUCAUAAGUACCUCGAUGAACCAUUGGUGCACACUAAUAUAUAUCAACGUAUUCCUGUAAAGGAAGUUAUUGGGCCAAUAAUAGACAGCAGCACAUUUCGCUUGAAGAUCAUACAUGAUCACGCGCCCCCGCAUACCCAGAAAGAUAUCAAAGACAUCCUAUCGGACACCAGCGGUGUUGAGUUCCAAGUAUUCCAGGAAAAGAAAGACUCUAUUAUAAAGACUAUCGCAGCGGGUAUAUUCGAUUUGGAUAAAAUGACGUGGAGCAUCUUUAUCAACAAACCGAACAUUUCAGAGCCUGUUGCCAUUUUACCUAUAAGAUUCUCAAUGUUAGAUAAAUCAGAUCAAUGAGUAAUAAACGUCUAAACAGCGGUAUAAAUUAAAACUCAUGAAAAUUUAUUAAAUCUAUAAAAGUGAUGAUUUGUAAACAAAUCUUUAGUACCUAUCCUAUCUAUUUACCUAAUUACCUAUCUACAUAAGAUUAAGUAUUUUUAGACUUGUAGUUGUAGAUUUGCUACUUGGUGUGGUUAUAUAGAAACUAGCUUGGGUUUUUCCAUUAUUAUUUUCACGAUUGUUUUAAAUGGUGUUUUAAAAUCUUGUACUUUACAAUAGUCACGACGACCAAAGAUAAAAAUCACGUUUUAAUAACCUAUAGCUAGCAAUUAUUAUACUAAAGUAUAACGCAAAAAUGCUAAUUAUACGAGUUACAUAACUUUGGUCACUACCUACUACUAGUAUUGUACUAUAAUGUAUUCAUUGUUAUAACUAAGGAUUAAAAUAGAAACAAUAAAAGGCGUAACUAGGCGGAUAAGGGCCCCGGCGUGGUGUUGCAUUGUAGAUAAUAAUCGGGACUCUGCCCACAAAGUCCACGUGGUUUAUAUUCCUAAUAAUUUAUAUAAUCUAGUUUCAUAAAUAUAUGCUACAAUAGAUUUUUUAAAUCGCUUCUCGGGUCUCUCAUUUUAGGGGGUCCUAGUGCACCGCACCACCUUGUCCUAUGGUAGCUAUACCUCUAAAUAACACAUUUUUUUGCCUACUGAUACAGUGAAAAGGGUAAAUAUUGAAAGCUAGAUAGGCAAUUAUUAUAUUCCCACUUAUUAUAAUACAUAUUAGCCAAUAAUUGUAGAUUAGUGACCAUUUUUGGGUUGCAGGAUUUAACCAAGGAUAUAAAUCUAUCAUUGUAGAGUUACCAUAAGAUUGUGUAGAGAUUAGAAUAUUUAUAGCAAAUGUGUUAAAGCGUGGUAGAGCAGAUAUCUUAAGAAAAUAAAGAUUUCAAUUGAAAA